AUGAAGCGGAAGAGCUGGGCCGAAGCUCGGCGCCGCGCCAGCCCGCCGCCGGCUCUGAAGAGAACUCGGAGCGCAGCGUCGAGGGCGGCGGGGGGUGAGGAGCAGGACGAGGAGCGGCGGCAGACGCCCUCCACCGCCGCGCCCGAGACCUGCGUGCAGAUCACCGAUCGCCUUUUUUUCGCAAUUCUCUGCCAAAAACCAAAGAGUGGAGCUGCAGAUACCCAUUAUUUCUGCGUAGACAAUGAACUUGUGUAUGCAAACUUCUAUAGAGAUUUUGGACCACUAAAUCUGGCAAUGGUCUACAAAUACUGCUGCAAACUAAACAAGAAAUUAAAGUCAUUUUCAUUGAUAAAGAAGAAAAUAAUUCAUUAUACUGGCUUUGAUCGAAAAAAGCAAGCAAAUGCUGCGUUUCUCAUAGGCUCCUACGCAAUAAUAUAUCUGAAAGAAUCACCAGAAGAUGCAUACAAGCUUGUUUUGGCUGGCAGUGUUUCAUAUCUUCCUUUCAGGGAUGCUUCAUUUGGUACUUGCAGUUUUCAUCUAACUUUGCUGGAUUGUUUUCAUGCAAUAAACAAGGCUUUGCAGUAUGGUUUUCUGGAUUUUGAUGAAUUUGAUGUAAAUGAAUAUGAGCAUUAUGAGAGAGCAGAAAAUGGAGAUUUUAACUGGAUAAUACCAAACAAAUUCAUUGCCUUCAGUGGACCUCAUUCAAGAAGUAAAAUUGAAAAUGGCUAUCCCCAUCUUGCUCCAGAAGCUUAUUUCCCAUAUUUCAGGAAACAUAAGGUCACCACUAUAAUACGCCUCAACAAAAAAAUGUAUGAUGCCAGACGUUUUACGGAUGCUGGAUUUGAGCAUUUUGACCUCUUCUUUGCUGAUGGAAGCAUACCUAAUGAUACCAUCGUUAAAGCAUUUCUAAGUAUUUGUGAAAAUGCUGAAGGUGUUAUAGCCGUUCAUUGCAAAGCUGGUCUUGGACGAACUGGCACACUUAUUGCCUGUUAUAUUAUGAAGCAUUAUCGAAUGACAGCUGCUGAAACGAUUGCCUGGAUUAGGAUAAACAGACCAGGUUCAGUGAUCGGACCACAACAGCAUUUCCUAAUGAAGAAACAGCCAGAACUUUGGAGAGAAGGAGAUCUUUUCCAUCAAAAGUUGAGACGGAACUGUAAAAUGGGUGUAACAAGAAUCGUGUCAGGAGUAGGUCAUAUUUCAAUUAAUGGUAUUAGAAACAGGAGGACAAUCCAAAACGACACUGAGCUGUACAGUGAUGAAGAUGAAACAGACAGUAUAACGCAAGGUGAUAAGCUUCGUGCUUUGAAAAGUAAAAGGCAGGCAAAAUCUACAACUGCAUCUCCACAAAAAUGGCUCCUAGCUAUGCUGGUGUCUACACUGUGUAGCAUUGUCAUCUGGUGGAUUGUAUGUGGCUCCCUUCUUCCCAGCCUGCUAUUCUGUCUAGAUGGUUUAAGAAAAUAGUAACCAUCAGGACCCCCUGAGAGAGAGCCACUGUCAGCCAGUCCACCACAAGAACUAGAACAGUAUUGCGUUAAAAUUUCAAAUUGGCAAGCAGUGUUGAAAGGGGAUAUCCAGGCAUGAAGGGGAUACAACUUGAAGACACUUGAUUGCAGUUCUAGGAAGAUGUCUUUGGUUCCACUUAAGCAGAAGAAACUCAUUCAUACUUGUAAAAUAAAACUGGCAACAUGCUUGGCAUACAGUUUCUUAAUUACUAAUACUUCCUCAAGCAAAACCAACAAAAUAGUGUAAAUUCAGACUCAGGUGUAAAUACUUGAGCUCUCUAUUGUAAAGAGGGCUCCCUACCAUAUAUGAUGCAUGUGCAUAAAAUGUGAUGGCAAUUACAGCUGCUGACCACCAGAAGUGAGAAAAUGGUGGGAGUUUUUAAUAUGUAAAUCUGUGUUGUUCAUUCAGACCGGACUUAGGUCUCCACUUGAGACUGAAACUCUACCACGGAGGUUUUUUACUUAUAGGAUUGGUACUCUCUUGUGUUAACUGGCUAUUCUUUCUUAUUUUAUAUGAAUUUUUUUUUAUGAAGUCCUGGUGUUGAGAACAAAGUAACUAUUGUCCACCAGAGAGUGCUUUAUUUUCAAAGACUGUGAUUCUUUUUUAAUUUUAAUUUUGGGGAAAAAAAAAAAAAAAAAAAAAAAAAAAAGCCAACUGAAAGCAAUUAUCUUGUUUUUAAUAGCGAUAGAUUUUCAGUUGUUCCCAACCACUGGCUCUUUUAUCUAUUUGUAAUUGCUUUAAAUCCAGUAUGAUUGUAAGAAGGAGGAAAAACAUUUAAAGCAGUGAAAUGUCAUUACUCUUUCUUUUCAUAUCAUCACAUCUUUUAGAUGAAUCUUUAGAUUACCAUAUCUGAAAGAUAAGACGUUUUUGGCAGGACGUAUUGGUAGAUUUAAUAAGUUACGAAUGUUACUGGCUUUUUGCUUGAAUGUACUUAAUGAGUGCAGCACAUUAAAAAAAAAGAAAAAAGAAAAGAAAUAUACACUUCCUGUGCAACUGAAAUUGAUAAUGGAACUCUGGAGCAGAUACAGUUGGGAACAUCUAAUUACAAUGAUUAAAAAACUCUUACUUACUUCUCAGUUAAAAGCAAUGAAAUUUUUUUAGCAAUCUGAGAUUGAAAUUUUCAUCCACUGCAAGAUUUUCAAACACAGUGUUUUUUCCCUUCUGCAUUCACAUUAUGAAAUAUGUCUGAAAAGCUUGCUUUGAAGUGAGGCAUCCUUACUUCCUGGAAGUUUAUAGCUGCAUUUCCCUCAAAUGAGAACUGCUGCCACAUAGACUUAGAUGGAAUACGGUUCUCUCUUCGUUUUGUAACUCUUACAAAAGAGAGGAGUAGAAAAGGAGAUCUGGAAUCAUAGAAUCAUAGAAUCCUUAGAGUUGGAAGGGACCUUUAAGGGCAAUGUAGUCCAAUUCCCCAGCAGUGAAAAGGGACAUGCACAGCUAAAUGUGGUUGCUCAGAGCCUAGUCCAGCCUAGUCUUGAGUGUCUCCAGGGAUGGGGCAUGCACCACAUUUUGUUGCAACCUGUUCAGUGCCUCACCAUCCUUACUGUACA